AUGUGGUGGUUAUGCGCAGAGGUGGAGAAAGUAGUAUUAUUGAAGGAGAAGAUUGAGGAGAUGGAGAUUCAUAUGGAGAUUCGUAAUAAGAUACACGAGAUACAUGUUGUUGGAGAUGGCGACCGGUAUGGAGGCGGCGGAGAGGAGUACCGGCGCCUAGCGGGCUUCGUUGAGGAAUCUGACGAUGUUGAUGAGGUCCGCGAUCUUUUGCGGCUAAAACGAAGAGAGCAGAGCGGCGCGUUUGUGGCUGACAUCUGCAAUGCUUUGUUUUGUCUCAUUAACAUGUUCCAGUGCUUUUAA